UGAGAUGGAACACGUUGGGAUCGUUCUUGUGCUCUUUUUAUCUUCUAUCUUCAUUUCAACCCCAUGUGCAGGAAAAUUCCAUCAUGAGAUUAUUGGGGGGAAUGAAGCCGAGCCACAUUCAAGACCUUAUAUGGCAUACUUGAAAAUUGAUGAAUCUUAUUGUGGUGGUUCUUUGAUAACCCCAAACUGGAUUUUAUCUGCUGCCCAUUGUUACGGGAACAUAGUUGUCAUCCUUGGGGCUCAUGAUAUCACUCAGCCAGAGGAAACCCAGCAGAUUCUUGGGGUUGAGAGUUAUCACAUUCACCCAGAAUACGAUGACGAUUCAUCCAUGCCAUUUAAUGAUGUCAUGUUGUUAAAGCUUUCAUCCCAGGCUGAGAUAAAUGAAUACGUACAGACUAUUCCACUUCCUUCCAGCACCAGUGACCUUCCAAGCAAUACACCCUGCAGUAUCUCAGGCUGGGGACUGAUUGACCGGACACAUACCACAGAUAAAUUAUUUGAGACCAAUGUUACUAUUGUGAGCCGCAGGUUAUGUCGCCGAUACUACCCUGGAUUGACUGAUGGGAUGAUCUGUGCGGGAAGCCACAAUAGAAUUACUGACUCUAGCCAGGGAGACUCAGGCGGGCCUCUUAUUUGCAAUGAGGCUUUAGAAGGCAUUGUGUCUUUCGGAUAUCAUCACCCACCUGGUGUCUAUGCAAGAGUUGGGAAAUACUUGGAUUGGAUCAAAGAAACCAUCUCCCAAUAUGAAAGCAAAGAUACCUAAUAUGUACAUGCUUCUGUUAGUUGGAAACUCUGUUAGUUACCCUCAUGCUCAUGUUAUGUAUUAUACAGUCCUUACUAUCACAAUAAAAUAAG